UUCUUUCUUCGUCACAUCCCAAACUCUCUGUCCUUCCUUCCAAACUCUCUCUCUUCUCCUUCUUCUUCUCCUCCUCUUUCUCUGUUUCCGAGCCUUCAUCCCUCUGUUUUCCUCUGAAUUCCACAGAGAAGUUUCGUCGCCGUUUCUUAUCGUGUUUCCUUGGUGGUAGGUUUUUCUCACCGGACGAGCUUCUUCUUCGGUUUCUUCUCCUUUUUCCGUCGUCUGCUUCUUGAAAAAGCAAGAAAUUUGGUGGAGGUUUUGGUUUUUUUGAUCGGGAAAAGCUGCAAAAUCAGUUUGAAUUCUACGGAAUCGAAGGCUUCGGUUUUUGGAUCGAGCUCAAGGAACCUUUGAGGAUUCUGCUCAAGCGUCGGAUCGUCAUGGUCUAGGGAUUUCGGAGCUUUUUGAGUUGGAAAUCGGGAGUAACAGUGGAGGAACGGAGAAAGUUUUUCGAAUUAAUGAAAAUUUUUUGAAUUGAGCAUGAGUUUAUGAGUGUAUUCGACGUUUUCUGUGCUGGAUUGGUUUGAGGGGGAAGGAAAUCUUGCGUAAUGGAAGGAUCGACGGUCUCUACGGCUGCGGCUGUCCAAGAAUGUGACAAUGGAGGAAGUGUUUUCCCAUCAGGCAAUGCAAUUUCACUGAGUGUCCAAUUAAAGGACCAUUUUUCAUGUGGAAAUGACUAUUCUCCUAAGGUGAGGAAGCCAUACACAAUCACAAAGCAGAGAGAAAGAUGGACAGAAGAGGAGCAUAGGAAGUUUCUCGAAGCAUUAAAGCUGUAUGGUCGGGCUUGGAGAAAAAUUGAAGAGCAUGUGGGCACAAAAACUGCAGUUCAGAUUCGAAGCCAUGCUCAAAAAUUCUUUUAUAAGGUUGCAAGAGAUCCAAAUGGCGGAAAUACAAACUCAGAAGAUCCAAUUGAGAUACCUCCUCCUCGGCCUAAACGGAAACCUAUGCAUCCUUACCCACGCAAACUUGUUGAUUCACCUAAGAAAGAAAUACCCCUUGCUGAGCAUACCACGAGCGCUCUGUCUCCAAAUUUAUCACUUUCGGAGCAAGAAAACCAAUCUCCGAAAUCAGUUUUAUUCGCAAUGGGAUCGGAUACAAUUGGCUCCGGUGGUUCAGAUACACCAGAUGGAAGCUUAUCUCCAGUUUCAUCUGCUCCCGGCAUUCAUGAUGGGAGCUUUAUAAUUUCUGAGCCCAAUCCAUCGUCUGAGUUCAGCAGAUCUCCCCCAGCAGCAACAGUUUCGGUUCCUGAUGUUCGAUUUCCCAUGAAACUUGAAUCAUCUUCCCAGGACACUGCCUAUGUCAAAGAAAGUGCAGCUGAGGAAGUUUGUGCUCGGAGCCUUAAGCUCUUUGGAAUGACCGUGUUAGUCACAGAUUCCCAAAGACCGUCUUCCCCAACCACGGAGACUUGCGAGCCACCGCCACAAUCAGACGCACACAAUGAGAUACCAGCACAACAAUUACAGCAAUACUCCACGACCAUGGAGUCCUCGGCAGAGAAUGCGAACCGUGUUUGGGGUCAUUUGCCCACUGAAGUGCAGGCUCUCUACCUCAUGCAUUUGCGGAAUGAAAACUCUAAUCUUGCACGACCUGGCUCCGCAACUCCCAUGCCAUUGUGGCCGUACUAUGGAGGUUUACCGUUUCCAUUCGUGCCGUGCAACAAGCCGGAGCCAGUAAAAGGAGCUUUAGAUUCUAAACUUGGAAAAGGCCAAGACAAGUGUUCAGAUCUUGACACUCGGAGUCGUUACUCUUCCUCGGAAAAGGAGGCAAAAGAACCAGAGUUGGGUUUCAAGUUGAAACCGAGUUCAAGAUCAGCCUUCUCUCAGUUAAGGGUAAGAACUGAUAAGUGUAGAAAAGGAUUUGUGCCGUACAAAAGAAGUACAACGGCAGAGGAAGAAACUCAAUCAUCGAUCAUAACAAGUGAAGAGAGGGAAGAGAGGAGGAUUCACCUCUGCUUAUAGAUUCUCUCUUGGAUUUUUCCGUAAUGUUGAUUCUCUUAUUUGUAGAUGAUGAUUAUCUUCUAACUUAGUUGAGGGACUGAUCCGCGUUUACGUCCGAUGAUAAGAGCGCCAAAAUGAGUGCCAGCAAUUUUCUGCAGAUUUGCAAAAUCAUCUACCACUUUUUUGUUUUCCACUUUUUGUGUAUGUAUUAUAUCUUUUUUUUUUUUUUUUGGUAUUUACUUUUAGUCCUUGGGGAUCAGCUCUCUUCAUUUCUUCUAAUUCUUUUUUCCCUUUUGAACUGUGAAUUCCUUGGCUUCCUUCCUGUCUGUGUACUACGACGAAUUUUUCCUUCUUUUUCCCUUGGAAAUGUAAGAACAAGACUUGUUUAUCUUAUUAUAUUCAAGUGUUGGUCAUUUUAGCA